CUCUUCCUGUUUUGUAUAGUUUUGACUUAAGGCUGACCUCGCUGUCAGUCUAUCCCGAUGCAGUUUGAUUGCACAAGUUUCAAGAAAAUAUAUGCAUGUUUGUUCACAUUGUUGAUGGCUGAUGGUUUGCACGGUGUAGCCUAGAGUUAAGUUAGCCGACUAGCUAGCUAGUUACUAACUAGUAGUUAGCUCACAGCAAUGUCAACGUGGCGCAGGCUGCAUGUGAAGGUGCGGGCGGCUCAUGGAUUACUCUCCCCCAGACUGGUGACACAACGGCACACAUGGCUGAAUGGACAAGUCACGUUAUGUCAAACCCUGAGUACAGGCAGACCUCUGCGGAAUGAUUUCUUCAAAGACCUGGAAGCCCAGCUAGCGGCUAUGAGGAAGAAAGCGUCGGUCGCAAUGCCUGGAAGCAACUGGAUGCCCUUUGAGAUAAACCAGAAUCUUCCUCCGGAGAGGGCCGAUAUUGUGAUCGUCGGUGGCGGUGUGAUGGGCUGGUCCAUCGCCUACUCGCUCAAGGUCAAGGAGGCGGUGCCAGAUGGAGUUAAAGUCGUUGUGGUGGAGAGGGACCCAACGUACUCCCGGGCCUCCACUGUGCUGUCUGCUGGGGGGAUCCGACAGCAGUUCUCCCUGCCUGAGAACAUCCACCUCUCCCUGGCCUCUGCAGACUUCAUGAGGAACAUCAAUUUCCACCUCGAUGUGUUAAAUGAAGACCCAGUGGACAUCCAGUUCAACCAUUCAGGAUACCUCUUCCUGGCCAGUGAGGCGUUGGCUCACAUCAUGGAGGAGAACUACAAGACCCAGAGGAGACUUGGAGCCAAAGUUUCACUUCUCUCUCCUACAAAACUGAAAGAGACAUUUCCAUGGAUAAACACGGACGGAGUUGCGCUCGCUUCAUAUGGGUUGGAGAACGAGGGCUGGUUUGACCCCUGGACUCUGCUGAACGCCUUCAGGAGGAAGGCCAUGUCUCUGGGAGUCAUCCAGUGCUACGGAGAAGUCACAGAGUUUAAAUCUGAAUUAAACACUAAGAUGAGCAAAAGUGGUGAAAAUGUGGAUUUCCGGAGGAUACAAUCUGUCAAAGUGCAGAUGCCUAACAGUCUGGAGUACCAGCCGGUGGAAUGUGGCAUUGUGGUGAAUGCAGCAGGAGCCUUUUCUGCUAAAUUGGCAGAGAUGCUGGGAGUCGGUCCGAAAGCUGGAUUCCCAGUGCCUGUUGAGCCUCGUAAAAGGUAUGUGUAUGUGUUCCACUGUCCUGAUGGUCCAGGUUUAGACACCCCCUUCGUCAUUGAUCACUCUGGAGUUUACUUCAGAAGAGAAGGCUUAGGAGGGAACUACAUCACUGGGGCAUCGCCAGAGGAGGCGGAGGAGCCAGAUACCAGUAACCUGGAGGUGGACCACAAGUUUUUUGAGGACAAGAUUUGGCCAAACUUGGCCUCCCGUGUUCCAGCCUUCGAGAAGCUGAAGGUGACGAGUUCAUGGGCUGGUUUCUAUGACUACAACACCUUCGACCAGAACGGCAUCAUUGGGCUUCACCCGCUGAUCAGCAACAUGUACUUUGCCACCGGUUUCAGUGGCCACGGCCUGCAGCACUCCCCUGCCGUCGGCCGAGCCGUGGCAGAACUGAUUCUGGAUGGAGAAUUCAAAGCAGUGGACCUGAGCAACUUCGGCUUCAAACGCAUUAUAAUCCAGGAGCCCAAGCUGGAGAAGAACAUCGUGUAGAGGAGCUGGGAACUUGUACACUUCAACACGGCUGCUAAUACCAAAAUGUUACAACUUUGGAAGUGGAGCAGGACUGUUUAUUUGGAUGUACAAAAUGUUCUUUGACACCAGAAACCUGUGUGCUUCUCAAUGAGACCCGUAAAAAUAUUCUGUUGCAAGUAAAAGUUCUAAAUUAAGGUAUGAGUAAUAUUAGUGGGCUUAAUUUUCAUCAUAUAUAACACAUUUUAUUUUCAUGUUAUUUUUAUUGUAUUCUUUUAAUUAAGUGUGUUGAUUUUUCAUCUUAUUCUCUAAACUCCAUUCUUUUUGUUAUGUACAUUCUAUGUCUAUUUAUGUCUCAUAGUUGUUGUAGGCUGUCACUAAAAGGCAAUAGUUUUAACAGAUUUGAGGAGUUAAUAUAUAUGGUCACUGUAAGGGUGAAGUAUUCCUUUAAUCAACAACAGAUGAACACUGUAAGGAAAAUCAAAGCAUAUUCAUUUUAUAUUAGUAGUUAAAUAUUUAAUUACUAUAUAUAAUUUACAACAUUUAAGUUUCACACAUAGGUUUUUAGUUGCUUCUAUGAUUUAAAGUCUUGCAGCCUUUGUUUACUUCCAUAACUAUGGAAGAAAUCGUAGCCUUGUGAUUAAAUGAAAAUAUCCUAUAAGUCAUUAUUAUAAGAAACUAUCAAAAUAAUGAGAAACUUUCUCAAAAAAUACUAAUUUUGAGAUCAAACUAAUGACUUUUUUUGUAAUUUUUCAUUACACUGGCUGCAAUGGGCAUCCGAGCAAAUUGAGCAACACUCAUUAUUACAGGUACUUCAGGGGUUAAGAUGUUGUUUAGAUAUUGUGCACCAGAUGGAGCCAUUUCUGUGUUAUUUUUAUGUCAAGUAGUCAAACCAGCAUGAAGCAUCAUCCCACUUUUAAAUCACCUUAAAGGCAAACUAUUCAAGCUAAAUUUUACUUUGGAAGUCAAAGGCAGAGAGAUUAUUUUCAGUCAGUAAAAAGAUUAAGAGAAGAGAUCAGGGCCUGAAUUAAAGACAGUACCAUGAAUUAAUUUGUUUAUUGCAAAUGUUUGUAUGAGGGAAAUGCAAUGAAAAUAGCUAAGCUGAGCACAUUAUAAUGUAAUACAUUAAGCCCAGGGGAAAAUACUACGUUCUGGUAGUAAAUUAACCAUAAAAGAACCUUAUACAAGAUCCUGAUGCUCUUAUACAGUAUUAAUGCUUUAUAAAGUGCAGGAUGUACGCUGAAUUAAUGAGGUGCAUGAAUAUUAAAUAGUGGUGGCUGUUGGUGUUAGGUAUUAGGUUAUUUAUCCAAUAUUGGCUUUGACAGGCUUAGUUGAUAAAGCUGCCUUGUUAUUUAACCCUCACAUACUAAUUUGUCUCUUGUGUAGCAGCAAGCUUUUUGCAGCUCUCAGGAUCAACAUAAAUAGCUAUUUUCCUUUUGUAAAUAGGUAAUUAAUGCAAGUUUUGUAAAGAGUCAUACUUUACAAUGAAGCCCUAGCCCUGCCGGGCUAACACAACAGUUUGUUAAGAACAGAAAAGCUUGGAUCAAAACACUCACUGCUGUUCUGACUGUCAUGUAAAGCUGCUUUAAGUAAUAUCUUAAUGUGGAAAAAAGAAGAAACUAAACCAGUCAUAUAAAUGCUGUAGAGAAAAAAAAAUAUAAAGUAGUAUAAAAUGGAAACACUCCAGUACCCCAAAAUUUUACUUGAGUAAAUAUAAUAAGUUACUUUCCACCACUGAACUACAAGUAGCUUAUUUAAGACCGUUUGGUUUGGUUCAGUGUGUGUGAUAAUACAAACUUAGUUGUGGUUUUCUCUUCUAACUACAGAGUUGUUUCUGAUCGUCCCCCUCCUGCAGCAACACGGCUGCAAAGAAACAAAAUACGUUUGAGUGAAACCUACAGAGCAGUUGUUAGCAAACCACACUAAGAGUUUCACUUGAAGAGUAAAUGCCCCUUCUUUAUGUUUGAGGCAAAUCUGAAAGUAGAACUGCAUAAAAAAAGGCCCCCAGUACCAAACUGAAACAAAUACUGAUCCCUAACCACAUAACAUUAAACAAAAUCAAACAAUGACAGCAAAGCAGAGCAGUGGAUUAUGUUUCCAGUACAGAGAAAAUAAAAAAACUUCCCUUGAAACAUGUAGAUUAAGGGCUGUUUCAAUUUCUAUUAUCAUUGCUAUUAAAGCUACUACAGUCACACAUUUCUUCCAUUUUGAUAAUAGAACUGUCUCUUUGAAAUUGCCAGCAGUUGGUUAGGUAUUGCAACAUAAAAUGAGAAAAUUGUAAAAGUCUCUCUGGUUCGUAGAUUGGAGGCUCAAGAGCAAACACACACUGGAGAUAAAGUAAGGUCUCAAUACCAGCCUUUAUUUUAGGGUAAAAUUAUGCAGAUCUGGUCUCAGAAUAACAUAAUUCUCACAGGAAUUCAGCUAGAGUGAGCCAGGAACACUAUAAAAGUUUAUUCUUCUUGGGCUAAGCCUGCCCCUGUACAAAAAAUCGACGUAUCGACAUCGAAUCUAUUGGCCAGUUACUAAUAACAACAGUUGUUCACAAUGUUUAUUCUACACAAAGUGUUAGUGUUGUUCUUACAGCCAUGUAUCUCGGAGUUACCAAGUCUAAACAUGACAGCUGAAAAAACCCAAACUGUGCCCUCGAAAAUCAGUGAGAAAAAGAUUAAAAAAUCACCAGCAAAGUGGAAAGUUACAUUUACUCUGCACAGCAUUAACAUUAUCCAAAUAUAACAAUAUCCAACUAUAAAAGGUGCUCAAGAAGCUUCAAUGUCAUUAAAAACAAGCAUGCAACACCAUCAUGCACAUAGAAGUCAUUGUACAAACCACAAUGGCUUAGAGCUUUUGAAGCAAUCAAUAUGAAAAUUUGUUUAUUACCAGUAAAUUUAGUAAAGUCUCUGCUGUUUGCUGGGCAACUGGUCCCUACUGAGAAAUAGUACAGUCCAUAAUCCCUCCAUACAACAACUAUUUACAGUUUAGUUUUACACGGAUCAAACAAAUGACGUAUAACAACUUAAUCAGUGAGCUUUGGGGCUAAUGUUAUGUGGAUUUUGUGACCUUUGGACAGAUUUAAGCAAACCCUGUUUACAGUGUUUAUGCUAAUUUAAAGGGAAACGUGAACCCUAUUUUUUUUAAAGAUUUUGUGUCCAAGUGACUACGAGGUAUUGUGUGAGAGUGCUGCGAGUACUGGCACCUGUGUAACAGGGUAUAAUGUAAUCCUUCUGUGCAUUUUUUUUACAGCAUCAAUGUAUGUUCACUAAACGUGCUUCUUGUUGUUUCUGACAGGCUCAGAUUGUUAUUUUAAGUGUCUGACAACAUUAUAGAAAGUACCCAAAAGAGGAAUACACCAUUUUUAUUAACCUUACAGUUGAAAUAUGAGGGAAUGGGCAAUUUUAAUAAUUUUUGACCAUUAUUAUUACUACUAUAGAUAACACCCAAAAAGCUUAAAGACAAAGCCUGCUAUACUGCCCUAUAAAGCCUAACUGCAGUAACUACAUUUUUGGUCGAAAUAGUUUUAACUAAAAUUGAACUCCUUGAUGUUUGUUUUAUCUUGUGACAAAGUUUUAGAUUUCAAUUUUGCUUUAUUUCAGAAAGAUAAUGAUAUAACAAUGGCAAAACUACAAAA